AGAGGAAUCGUUUCGUGCAUUACAUGCGGGUCGGCGGCUCGUUUCCCCGGGAUGCUGGUCAGUUUCCUUUGGGUGCGAGAGAUGGCGCCAGGCGGAUACCAGCCGUUUCAGUGUUUCGGGAUCUACGUAACGCUCCGCCUCGCUAUCGACGUGGUGACCGACCGUUCUCUCACGACCCAAGGGGACACGACCAAUCCGACCGGCCGCAUCUACCCUCGUCGAAUCAUCCCGUGGGAUGCAUUUGCAAGAGAGCAAGAGAAAGUUUGGGCCAACCUUUCUUUCAGUCCCUCAUUCACUUCCCGAUCCGCCUUUCCAUCUCGACACCAACUGGAAUACGUGAAACCACUGCUCCAUCCGAUUAGCAGCGAGAUUAGUCUCCGAAAUGGCGAGCGGGACGUCGUGGAGAACGCAGUUCAGAAGCUCAUGGACGCUACGUACGCCGACCCAACCCUGAGGAGUCACCUCGGUCUCAACGGAACAGUGACAUUCGAGAGUCACACCAACCUUGGAAUUACCGACGAGUCCCUUUCCGAAUCGAUGGAACAAGUCUCCCUCAGCUCAAGACCAGCUUCUAGAACAACCAGACGCCGAAAAGCGCGAGGGAAAGGCAAUCGAAUUCGAACGCGUUCGCAAUGCUUGCCUCUCGAAAAUGAAACAAAGCAAUCCAGCGACGACGAUAAUGAAGAUGACGACAGCCCUUCUCCAACACCGAACCCGGCCGGUCGUUCAGCGGGCGAAUCGAGGGACAUCAGUUCGAGCGAAACACAAGUGCAAGGCAGAGUGUCAGACAUGCGAGGGGAUGCCGACAAGCGACAACAUAGCGACGAACCAGAUGCAGAGCCUACUGCAUCUGUGGUAUGUCCAGAGACGCAGGUAUCGCAACCUACGCAACAAAGACACGUUGGCAAGGCUGGCUUUCUCCACAGAGACAUCUCCAUCAGCAAUCUUAUGAUGAAUGAAGACGACGAGAAGCCUUCCCGGCGAGCCUUCUUGAUUGACCUCGACCUUGCUAUCAGAACACAACGAGAGGGUGCCUCGGGGGCCAAGGGAAAGACAGGCACAAGGGCGUUCAUGGCGAUCGGGGCACUGCUAGGCAACGAGCAGCAUUCCUUCAUGCACUACCUCGAGUCAUUCUUCUGGGUGCUGUUCUGGAUAUGCAUUCACUAUAACGACACCUCAAUGAAUUCAUUUCCUGAACUUGAUACUCAUCGGUCUGAGACCGGGUGCUCGAAAGUAAAAACUUGUUUUGACGAAGCCGCGGCUGGACAGCGAAACUCAUGUGCACCAGUGAAAAUGAGCACAAUAAUCAGUUCUGUGGUGGCGCUUGCUCCCGUCGAUGUCCGGGGCCAGCGGUCUCCGAGCGCUGCUGUGGGGCAUAGCGCGUCGUGGACGCGUUGGGUUGCUCACUACUAUGCGGGCGGCUGGAGUGUGGCACGCGUAUCCCAAGCCGAUUACCUCCUUUCCGCGUUAGAGCCCUUCUGCCUACCACCGUCUGAGGUUGAGCGCCACACUGUCUGGACACUCGCGGGCUCGCUGGAAUAUCUCAUCUUUGGAGUGGGGAUGUCAUCAAGCACCGCAACCUCAACGACGACUCUCACAAGUCACGGCUCUAUACACCAGGGACAACAGGAAGGCUGCAUUAUUCCGUCCGGGGACCAAAUUGACCGGAUCUUCGCGAGCAGCCAACAACUCUGGCAAUGCUUGUCUAGACAAGCCAGCUCGAUGUGCUUGCAGCGCGAUACUGUCAACUUCUCCCGCCUGACGAACGGACUACCCGCAAUGCCAGACAAUUUACAAGGCAUAAAUAAUAUCGCUGGACAGGCGACAUGGGAAAUGAAGCCCAACGGAUGUGUCUCCCCCUCCAAAGCCAGAACAGAGGGAGAACGGCGAUGGGGCCUUACAAGGCUCCAACCGACACUUUGCACGAUAUCAACACACAGCCACUUUUCCUAUUCAGACAGCAGGUCAAAUGGUGUCGCUUUUCUGUUCUUUGGUUGGGCAUACAUUCUUUGCGCGACUUUACUCGAGAAACAGCGUAUCCCAAUGCGCUACCCACACAACCUAUUUGAGGUGCCUGGGAAUGGACAUCAUUGGGACAAGCAAUGGCUCACAGUAGACAUUGGAACCGUUUGCGAAGAGGAAUUUCGUUGGUGGGUGUCUCUCCUCUCGCCGGGCCAGGGAUGGCACUCAGCAAGUCGUCAGCCGGUGUGGGCCAUUGCAUACACGGGCAACAUCAAAUUCCGAGUUGCAGCCCAAAUUACGGCAUCGAAAUCGCCGCAUUCCGGCCCGCCAUCCAGCUCGCAGGCAGUGCGCUUUCUUUCUAGAUUCGCUCGCAUGUACAACCUAGAAAGUCAAGCUCAGCUAGCGCUUGCAAUGGCUCUGACACUGCCGCUCCACAACGAGACCUACUCGAUGGUAAACCUACCAAAGCCAUCCCUUGUCGGACAAGAUGCGCCAUUAACCUCUCCUUCGAUCAUUGAUCAAGAGUACAGCAAUCUAUCUCACUACAUGACUCUCAGCUCAAACCCCGUCUUCCUGUCGUCGGCGCUUUGGUCCAUCUUUUGGGAACCGGGGGUGGAUUGCAAUGUGGUCAGCCCCUGGUGUGAUCCAAUCAUCGAGGUGGUCAAACCGUUGAUUGACGAAGGCAACCUCGAGAUGUUAGGUCAUAUUCUUGCGCUCCGCCGGCCAAAUAUCGCAGCCUUAUGGUACGGCAUAGCCGCUUGUGGACACACGAAAACAAUCCUUGCCAUCAUCCCCUUUCUGCAAUCAUUGCAUACUCCUGUGCCUUCAAGGCCGCUACCGGAAGUUGCUGCAUGGACGGGUUCUCCCCAGUCGUUCAUGGACCUCUACGAGUCAGGGCCUUACGUACAAGCGGGCGAUCUGGUUAGUCGAAAAGACGUAUGGCGACUACGUCAUGAGUGCUGGGAUGUUGAGCCGGAGGGCACUCCGUUUCAAAAUCCCCCUAUGUGUCCUUGGCCGCCAUUUGGUUCGAUGGGUGUCGAGGAACUAGAAAUCCGAGUACGCACCCACAUCAACUGUGAGAGGCACCACUGGGUGUAUGCUCGAUGGAUUUGGCUCCUGGAUAACGGGACUGAGGUCGUGGAUGAGAGUCCUGGGGAACAGGAAAGUUUGCUGCGUUUCGCAGGUGAAUCGCACUUGGGCUUGCUCAAGGGCUGCCCACCGACACUAGGAUAUACCCCCAAUCACAGAGCCUCGGAGAAGGCGGUUGGCGACAUAUUUCGAUGGGUUGCUACAGAGAUGGAGGUCAGCGGAAAAGACAUAUAUUCACAUCCUUGGGUCGACGCACUGGCGGACCUAGAAAUGUGUGAGGACAACGAAGCUGAUUCAAGCUCUGAUGUUUGUCACGGUUCCUCUGGUAGCAUCCUCGCCAACGUCAAGGAAUGGGUCAUAAAUGUGAAGUGA